AUGGCCCGCGAAAAGCGAGUACCACGCCAGGCCAUAAUGACCAACACAGCCUCAGCACGCAGGGCUGUAUACACACAGCGCAUGCUGGACUGGGAGGCUGCAUGGGUUGCAAACCAGCACCAGCAUUCCAGGGAGAGCCGUGCAGUGUGGGAAAGCUGCAACCCUCAGCCACAUGCACAGAGAGUGGAUCAUCGCAAGUCUCUUCAUGAGAUUCAUUUUUAUCAGAAGUCAGGGGAUCUUAUAUUUCUCAAGGCCACCUUCACCCGCCUUGUCCAUGAAAUUGAUGAGAAGAAUCAUUGA